ACUCAGGGAUCCCGGCGAUGCAGUGCGCUCCCGCAACUGCAACAGUCUCAUCAACACCAUUUGCGGCCUGCUGGUCUGCCCGGCCAUCGUGCUCUCCGCUGCCGUGUUCCUGCUCGAAAGCACGAGGGACCCGCGGUUCAUCGGACUGCGAGCUUACGAGGAACCAGACCAUCACGGCUUUGCUGACUGGGGAAACAUAUCCGACUUAUUACCAAGCGCCAACCACACUGCUACAUUGCGUGGUGAAAUCCUCGACGCGGGAGACUACUUAUGGAACGUCGGCGAUGUCAACUUCACGGAAGAAGAGCCUGAAAUUCCUGUGAAAUUACACUGGAUGACGGUCGCUGAGGGUCACCAUCCGCGGUCAUCGGUGGCCGUGAACUUCGAUGGCCGUGAGCUCUACUACGCUGGGCGCGCCGACCGAGGGGAUGCUUGGACGCCAUGCCUCGUGCACCAGAAAGAUAGGCCCACUUGCGUCUCGAGUUCAGGAAAAGUGAGGAGCGGGUACUUCCAGUACUUGCUGGAAACCGAAGGCUUGUUGCUGUCCUGGCUGCCCGCUGGACAUCACGGCGCCAUCCCCGACAAUGCGGUCAGGGCAGACCCGGAUGCUUCGGGAGACGUCAUCGUCUUCGCCAGGCAGCUCAAAUACGAGGACCAAGGGCUGCCCUCAGGUGGUCUGCUGUCUUCGGCGCGGAGGGUGCUCUCCGGUCCGGAUGGCGUGGCGCGGACACCGUCGCCUUCGCUGCAGGUGCUGACCAAGCAGCUGGACGCCUUCCCCAGCGAGCGGUGGCUGCCCGCCGUUCUGCCUGCCAGCGCGCCUCUGUAUCCGGCAAGAAUCCAGGGCAGCGAGCUGAUGGCAUGGCGCGUCGGCCGCACAGUACUAAGGGGCGAAACACUUCCUUGCUUCGCUGACAAGCAUGGCUGCCUGGUGGCAGAACCCGCAACAGGCCGCUGCCGGCUGGCAGCCGCCUUCGAAUACCUCGCGCAAAGCCGAGGAACUCGCUACCGCUGGCACCCACUCUCCGAGUCUCAAGUCACGGGAGCAAAAUUGUUUUAUGGGAUCUUCAGUGAAGUGGCCCCGGCGGUCAUCGUCGGGCACGGGGCCUCUGAUCGAAGGCUUCUGGCGGCCAGGGCUAGUCACUAUGGCUUGCUCGUGCUGGGCUAUCUGGCCGUUGACAGACUGGGUUCCGUUGUCGGAGGCGGCCAAGUGAUAGGCUGUGACCCGAGGGGAGCGCACGACGCGCCUCUGGUCGCUGCUCGCCACGAUGUCAGGGUGCUGAUAAAGACAGCCGCGGAGUCGUCGUAGGCAGCAGCAUGCAGAUGCUGCGUUUACAUUGAUCACACCAAGACACAGAUGUUUAUAUUGCUGUGUCGUGGUUUUAACUGUUUCAUACUUUUCUUGAUUUACGUGUUAUUUUGUGCAAAACCGUUGCCUUCGUUGUUGAAACCUUGCCGAACAUUGGGACGUAUGACAAGCGCGAGGACACUGGCCGCUGAAUAAAUCAAACCAAGCGAGUUUAUCAUUAGGAAUUUGAACACUAGUGUUGUAGUACUCGGUGACAGCAUUAUUCUGCGUUCCGAGACACGAGUUGCACUACCCAGGCAAUGCUUUGUUGACUGCCAGGUUGAGCGAUAGUGCUUUCAAAAUUCCAGCGCAUCAGUUCUAUCUUCGAAAUAAUGCGCUUGGUAGCACGUUCGAGAGUCGUUUAUGUCAUUUU